CAUAUCUCGGUUCUGACCCUAAGGUUAGAGCCGACAGACGAGUGUUCGAUCCACUCCAAGUAAGAUCGAUGGCGACUCCCAAAAUGCCGACGCGACGACAUUCGGACCCCCCGGACGGGACGGUUGCGACACCAGCCAUUACCCGCCGAUGCUCAAGCUCAAUGCAAUAAGAUUCGUCUCAUUCAGUAUCUGAUGCGCCUCAAGCCUGAGUUCGAACCUGUACGGGCAACCCUGCUUAACCAAGAACAGCUGCAAUUUGAAGGAGUUCUUGGUAGCCUCAUUCGCGAAGAGACCCGUCUUCGAACGCAAGCCAAUCUGGAUGCUCACCCGGGCCAUGGCGAUGUCGCCGCGUUCAGCUCUCUCCCUGGCGGGGCUGCUGCUGGUCGUUCUCUUCCCGUCGGUUCUGAUGCUCUUGCUUUCGCUGCAUAUCGUCCUCAAUUUCAACGACCAAACUUGUCCGAAGUUGAGUCCCACCACUGCAAGGAACGUGUCCAUACCCAGAAGUAUUGCAAAGCUCGUAACUUUUGCGUCUAUUGCAAAAGGAAGGGCCAUAUCAUUGCUGAAUGUCGCACUCUUCAACGACACAUGACGGGAGGGACCUCGGCUGCUGGCGGCGCUGGGAGCAGUAGCGCUGGGUUUCGUGGUUCGAGUUUUGCAGCUCCAACACCUCCUGCUCGGCCAGCUUAUGCAACGGCAGCAUCCGCUCCUACGGCAGCGACAGCUCCCAAUUCUGAAGGUGUGCUAGUGACCUCGGCUACUUUGGAACAAAUGGUGAAUAAGGCUAUCUCUUCCGCGUUUCCGAGCCUAAAAAUGUCGGGUAAGAUUCCUACAUGGAUAUUGGAUUCGGGAUGUUUUAAUCAUAUGACCAGUAAUUGUUCUGUGCUUAAGGAUCUUUCUCCUGUUCAUGAUUUAUCCAUACACGCUGCGGAUGGUGCCGAGCUUCAGGUUAAUGGUGUUGGUUCGGUUAAUAGUUCUCGUGUUCAUUUACCUAAUACUCUGCAUGUACCCCGUCUUGUUCCUAACUUGGUGUCCGUUGGCCAACUUACUGAACAAGGUUGUUGUGUUGUUUUUGCACCGUCUGGUUGUGUUAUUCAGGAUCUGACGACGGGGAGGGAGCUCGGGAGGGGUAGCCAGCGUGGCCGCAUAUUUGAGCUGGAUGAGCUGGCUUCCACAUUGUCCAUCUCGCAAUCAUCAUCAUCAAGCUCUCUUUCGGUGUCUAGGGUGUCUUCUUUUCCUGUUUUUUCGAGUCUGGGUGAACAAAAUUUUCAGUUGUGGCAUUCUCGGUUAGGGCAUCCUAAUUCUCAUCGGCUUAAGACUAUGUUUCGACAACAUUUGUUUGGUAAAUCUCCUUCACCUGGGCAUAUUUCGGAUUUUAAGUGUACCAGUUGUGUGGAGGCUAAAACAACUCGGAUUUCCUUUCCUUCGAGUACUACUAUUAUUACUGAACCUUUUCAUCUGGUCCAUACUGAUCUGUGGGGUCCGAGUCGUGUUACUUCCCGCCAUGGUUAUAAAUAUUUUGCCCUCUUUGUUGAUCAUGCUACUCGCUAUACUUGGGUAUAUUUUUUGCGCCUCAAAUCUGAUCUUCUUGCUGUUGCCACUGAAUUUCUCACCAUGAUCCAGACUCAGUUUGAUAGAACCGUCCGUGUAGUCCGUUCUGAUUCCGGUGGUGAGUUUAGCUCAUUCCCUCUACUUAACAUAUACAAAUCCCGGGGCAUUCUUACCCAUAAAUCAUGUCCUGGUAUGUCUCAGCAAAAUGGCUUAGUUGAACGAAAGAAUCGUCUUGUGCUUGAAGUUACUCGAGCACUUCUUUUAGCAUCCCAUGUUCCUACGUCUUUUUGGCCCGAAGCUGUUUCCACUGUCGUCCGGCUUAUCAACUACCAGAUCACUCCUCUCCUAGAUAAUACGAGUCCCUUCUAUCGUCUUUUCUCGAAGCAUCCUCCAUAUUCCCGUCUUCGAGUCUUUGGGAGUCUUUGUUUUGUUCUUCUUCCCCGUUCUGAACGUACUAAACUUACUUCGAAAACGGUGUGUUGUGCCUUCCUCGGCUUUAGUGAUGUCUAUAAGGGCUAUCUCUGUUAUGAUCCUGAUCUUCGUCGUCUUUGGAUUGCCUGCAAUGUGGUGUUUUUCGAAAAUGUUAUGUUCUAUUCUACCACCUCGUCGAGUCCCCCUUUGUUUGAUGAGUCGUUAGGUCUCCCUUCCUUUUCCGAUGAUGAUGAUGACGAUGCUACUGAUCCUGGUCCGCAGCUCGAUGCUCCCUCCCUCCCGGCGACGCCCCCACAGUCUCCUCCUCAGUCGCGCCGGUCCAACCGGUUCACUUUGGGUCAGCCACCGAUUCGUUUCAAAGACUAUGUUGCCUACAGUGCUGAGUCGAUCCCGAUUCCUACUCGGUUUUCUCAGGCCCAGGGGGACCCAAACUGGGACGGUGCCAUGCGUGCCGAGUUUGAUGCUCUCGACGCCAAUAAGACAUGGUCUAUUGUCCCUCGUCCUCCUCCACCCGUCCCGGUUAUUGGCAGUCGUUGGGUAUAUAAUCUGAAAUUUUUACCGGAUGGCUCUCUCGAACGCUUCAAGGCGCGUGUGGUGGCUCAAGGUUUUUCACAGAUACAUGGUAUCGAUUUUGAGGAAACCUUUGCCCCUGUGGCAAAGAUGGUGUAUGUUCGUUCGCUCCUAGCUGUUGCUUCCAUUCGAAAGUGGCCUCUUUAUCAGCUUGAUGUCAAGAAUGCUUUCCUGCAUGGUGAUCUCAAGGAGACAGUGUAUAUGGAGAUUCCCCCUGGUUAUCCGCAUGGCAAUCGUACUGAUCAGGUGUGUUUGCUUCAUCGUUCUCUCUACGGCUUGAAGCAGGCACCGCGUGCAUGGUUUGAGAAGUUCCAGUCUACUAUUCUGGGAAUUGGUUUUCAACAGAGCCAUAAUGAUCCCUCCUUGUUUACACGACGCUCUCCUCGGGGUAUAGUGGUGCUUCUCUUAUAUGUUGAUGAUAUGAUCGUUAGUGGGGACGAUGCCGAGGGUAUUUCGGCCCUCACCCAGGGUCUUCACGAGUCGUUUAGCUUGAAGGAGUUGGGCUCCCUGUCUUACUUUCUUGGUCUGGAGGUUCAUCGGUCUCCUGCAGGUAUUCAUCUUACUCAGCAAAAGUAUAUUGAUGAUCUCCUCGACUCUUCUCGCUAUUCCGAUUGUAUUCCUGUCUCUACCCCUAUGGAGCUUCACCUGAAACUGGGGAGGGAAACAGACACUUUGUUGAGUGAUGGUGGUAAACAUUAUCGGAGUAUUGUUGGCAGCUUAAUUUACUUGACAUCGACCCGUCCGGAUAUAGCUUAUGCAUGCGGUCUCCUCGUACUGCGCAUAUGGAUGCGGUCCAUCGGAUUCUGCGCUAUCUCCAGGGAACGCGUAGUGUUGGAUUGUUUCUUCCGGCUACAGGUUCAUUUGUCCUCCAAGCCUUCUCUGACUCCGAUUAUGCAGGAUGUAUUGAUACCCGCCGCUCGACUAGUGGCUGGUGUGUCCGAUUGGGUGAUUCUUUUAUAUCUUGGCGGUGUAAGAAACAGGAACGGGUUUCUAAAUCAUCUACAAAGGCUGAAUAUCAAGCUAUGUCAGAAGUCACCUCUGAGUUAGAAUGGAUUCGCAGAUUGCUUGGUGAGCUUGGUGUCGAGUGUGAGGUUCCCAUGCAGCUUUAUGUUGAUAAUACGAGUGCACUUCGGAUUGCCACCAAUCCCGUUCUUCAUGAUCGCACUAAACACAUUGAGGUACAUGUUCACUACAUCAGAGACCUUGUGAAUGAUGGUACGAUCCGAGUUUUUCAUAUCUCGUCUGAGAAGCAGAUUGAUGAUCUCUUAACUAAGGCUUUCACGUCUAGUCGUCACUCUUAUCUCGCUGGCAAAUUGAUGAUGCGAGACCUCCAUCAAUUUGGGGGAGGCUGUUGAGUGAUGGGCUUUUAGCCCAUGCACAUGUAACGUGUACUUAGGCCUAGUACCAAAACCCUACCGAUUCUCCUCCUCCCUUUCACGCCUAGGGUUUGUGGAUAUGUAUAUAUGUAACCUGUACCUCAUUCGGCAGUUAAUAAGAAACACCAAAACCG